CGUAUGUUUAGCCUUCCGUUGUACGCCGUCUAUACGCUAGCUGUGUUCGUGCGCUGUCCAGCCAAGUGUGAAGGCCAGCGGGUGGCGAUCGGUGGUGUAGAAGCGGGUGUGGAAAGCCAGACCAAAACAUAAUAAGCCACCGUCUAGAAACGGAUAUUGGUCACCCGGGAGAACCGUUUCUUUUGUUGCGGUCAUUCAAAUAGCAAUUCGAGAGUCUGAUCCCUAGGAAAAUCAUUUCGAGAAGCUAGUGUUUCACGUGUAUACGUGCUAUUAGUUUACCCGGUAGAAAGUGGAACCAGCUUUGUGGAAGCUAAUUGUUGACACAGAAAAUCGGGAUCGUGUGGUGAUGGCAAUGAUCUCUGUGUGCUCCACCAUUGAUGUGAAGUGAAGUGACGCUGAUAUGCAAUAACUUGCUACCGCGCGCCGUGGUGAUGCUCCCAAUCAAUCGACGAGAAAGUGAAACGAAAUUCAGCACUAGCGAAAUGACUUCGCCCAAACAUUCCGUAACAUCUGAAUGACGGCAGAGUGAAUCGAUCCGAGACCUCGAAGUCCCUCUUGAGUACAGCAGCAAGUGAGUGAGAGUGCGGUAAUAUUAUGACAAAGAAAAACGAAUCCUGCGAGUGCCGUCAGUACAUUGGAACGGGGCUGACACUGUCGUGAAGGGAAGACAAAUAGGCGUACUCCUUUUUCCUUCGGAGGCCGACAAGGAAUUCCGUCGAUCAUCCAGCCGGCCAGCCACCCACCCCUCCCACUGCGGUGCGGUGCGAGCGGCAUUCCGCGAAGAUGGAACUGAAGGUAUGGGUCGAAGGAAUACAGCGCAUCGUUUGUGGAGUGACGGAAGUCACCACUUGCCAGGACGUUGUUUUUGCCCUGGCACAUGCCACCGGGAAAACCGGUCGUUUCACCCUUAUCGAACGAUGGCGUAACAACGAACGGCUUCUGGCACCGCACGAGAAUCCGCUCAAGAUCCUGAUGAAAUGGGGCGAAUACUCGAGUGAUGUACAGUUUAUCUUGCAGCGAUCUGAGCAAAAGAAAGACCAAAGUCAACAGAACAACGGCCCUGUAACGACUACGAACAAUAGUAGUAGCAACAACAACAACAACAACAUCAAUAACAAUAUCGAUAAUAACCCCGCACAACAGCCGCAGCAGCAGCUUCAGUCGCCCAACCAGCAACACCCCCAAUCGCAACAGCAACUCCUGCGGCAACAGCAGAAGCUAAACCAACUCAAUAACAACAACAUUAAUAAUAACAGCGUGGACGAUGUGAAAAAUAAAUUGGUACAGAACAACCUGAAAAACAGUACCAACGGAAACGAUGCCGCGUACCGAAAGCAGUCCAACCCUCAGACGGAAUUGAUAACCCAUGCGCUGGUCCUGGAACGGGGCAAGGAGGCGCGGAAGAGUCUUAAUUCUGGGUCCCCGCCGAUUUUGAAGAGCACAGCCGGCAACAACAAGACCAUCGCAAACAGCCAUGUCAAGGUCGAAAAUGUUGGCAUAGUGAAGGGAAUUCCUCAGAAAUCACCGCACGGCAGCACCAGUUCCAGUGGCAGUACCAGCAGUAGUGUUAGUGCUAGCAGUAAUAGCAGCAUUAGCAAGCAGAACGGAAACACCAUCGAAGCGACGUACGCCAGCGUAAUCAAGAAGCCCAAAAAUCAUUCGAUUGCAAAUGGCAUUGUAGGAGAAUUCAAUGCUGCAGAUCUCCGAAAUUCGUUGGACCGUAAGCUAAAUGGUCUGCUGUACAGCAAUGGCAUCAACACCGGCCAUCAUGGGCACCAUCAUGGGCCACCGGCUGCAACAACGACGAUUGUGGGUGCAACGUUGAAGGAAAAUCCUCGGUCUGGUGGACUCGGUCAACAUGUUAACAGUAACGAUAGCUUAUUACUGGAUAAUAGCAGCAUCAGUAGCGUCAGCAGCACUGGCAAUCAUAAUCUGUUGCUCAGUCCGGCGAGUACCAACAGCAACACCAACUCCCCCGUCAUCGGAAUAUCGUCAAACGGUGCACUGGUGCCGCCACCCUAUCGCGAUCCUCCACCCCCGAGAAAUUCACCCCUUCUGCAUAAGUUAGACAGCUUAAACAACAAUAACGCAACCGGCAGCCUCGGCAGCAACAACAGUAGCAUCAAUAGUCAAACCCUCAACAAUCUCAACGUCAACAGGAAACUCGAGAAAGAUAGUAUCAACAUGAAUCUAGCGUUGAAUGCUGCUGUGGCAGCCGUCACCGCCACUGCUACCACUGGGACCGUUCCGGCGGGCAGCACCGGCCCCGGCAGCAUUGGCAGCGGCAGCAGCGCGAGCAAUGCCAACGAGUUGCUUCUGCUCAAUGAGCUGAAUCUGAACGACGGACCGGUGCAGAAUGCCGCCCAGUAUCGGGACCUGAUACAGCUUAUCAGGUAUCAGCGGGAGAAAAUCAAUACCCAGCAAGCGGAUCUGUCUAAGUACGACUCGGAAAUUCAGUACCUCGAGAGCAAGGGCCGCGAGCAGCAGGAACAGCUGGACAGUGUCAACCAGGAGAUCAGCAAAACCGACCAACUCUACCGGCAGGGCAGCGAGCAACUGCAGACGCUCCAGUACGUGGAAGAGGAAGGCGAACUGGUCCGGCAGCAGGAGAAAACGCUCAAGUCCGAAAUCACCCUGCUCCGGUCCAAGUUGGCCAACUGCGAAACGGAGCUGCUGCAGUGCAAAAACAAGAUCCGCCUGCUGAUGGACGAGAUUCAGGUCGAGCAGCGCAAGUAUUGCCGACAGUAUGACAAUAAUCGUGCACAAUUAGAACGCCAUCUAAUGUCUGAAGUUGACAGGAUCCAACUGGAGAUCGAUCUGGCGAUACAGAGUACUGACCACGCGAGCAAGGCCACCGACAAGCUGAAGAGUGAGGUAGCGGUCAUCGAGAACAGCAUUGCCGAGAAGAAGAAACAGGUCGAACAGCUGGUACACGAGAUGAAGGAAGUCAACCUGCAAAGUCUGGCAGUGGCGCCAGCUGAUGAAGUGCGACAUCUACUGGAAGUGGGUUCCGUGAAACCUGGCAGCACGCGUCGAAUGAUUGGCUCCCCAAGGCAGCUGGAGAAUGCUGUUCCCACUAGCAAGAACCCGCACGGCGUUUGGGUCUAGGCUCUGCACAGCGGCACGCAAUAAAAUAAUGAAUCAACCAAUUGUGAUAUUGUUAUAAGAAAUGGUGCACCCUGUGAAUAAUGUUGAUACAGGGUGCAAAAGUCCUUUAAAAUAUACCGUCUGGAGUGCAAUCGACGGCCUCUUAAAAAAAAACCCUCCACACGAACAAACACACUUACACACUUGCUCUAUAUUAAACACACAAUUGAUUAUAUUUUUCACUCUACACACUUUUUACGUACUAUUUAUGAGAGGUGUAUUUUAAAUUACUACUUUUUUAUGGAAAGCUGAUCAUUCCAACAAAAAUUCCUCCAAAUUAUGAAACUUAUAGAACAUUUUUUCAACUUACAAGGGUCCAAUGUAUUACACACAAAAUCAAAACUGAUUAAAUCAGUCUCACGAAUCGCUUUCGGUUCACGCUUACGUUUUUUCUCUCAAACAUUCCUUUCGAUUUGACGAAACAAAAUAAUCAAAACAAAACAAAAAAAAUGACAAAGCAAACACCACAUCGUAGGGCAAUAUACGCCUUGAAAGCGUUAAAACAUAUUAACAAAAAUUGUUGAAGAUGAAGCAACACAAAUACUAAACUAACAUACCUAUACAUACCACAACAACUGUUGAAAACAGACGGAAUUAACAGGAACAUUCCUCAUCGAUGUUUAUAGUUAACUGUUAAAGUAGGUAGCUGGUGUCAUGCCUUAUUUUAUUUGACCGUUGAAAUAUUGGAUGGCUUUUGGUUUCUUAGCACGAAGUAGCGGAAGAAGCCAUUUAGACGAAAAAAAUCGAAACUCGGGAAGUGUAUGAUAUUUAUUGUUUCGCCCGGCCGAAUAUAGGAAUGAGGGCGGGUUCGAAGGAAGCCAUCCUUUACGAUUUUCCUGAUAGGAAUAUAGGAUAGGGAGAGUGGUGAAACUUGGCUUCCACUAAUUGAGGAAUUGUAAAAUAGAAAAGCUUUCUUUAUCUUACUACUAGUUGAUAUACCAGUUGACAGAUUUUAUUUUGUGGGUAAACUUCUCUGAGUAAUGCAGAAAAACUCAUUAUAGUUUAAACGAUGUUUAAAUCAAAUGCCAUUUUCAUAUAUAAGUUUUAAGCACUUUCGCAGGCAGCAAUUCGAGUUAUUGUAUAAAAUGUACUUUAGUUAACGUUUAGAUAUAUCAAAAAACUAUUCAUAGGGUAUAGGUAAUGCAUAGUAAAUACAACCCAAUCUCGCCAACACUUGCGAGCGAAUGAUUUCAAUACAAUUUAAAACAAUAAACAACCAUGAAUGAACAAACAAAAAAAAAACACCACGAGUACUCAAACGUUAUAUAUUCACACUCUUAACAACAAAACAAAGAACACUGCUGAAAGUCGCCAGUCGACUAAAUUGCAUGCAACUAAACCACCUGAUUGAACGCAACAGCACAUAGUUAGAAGAAUUAAACGAAAAGAGAAAAAAAUUGUGUGGGAAUUUGUUUGAUCCACAAACGUAACACAGAAUUGCAAGUUGAAUCAUAUAACACACAGCACACAAACACUCUGAUCAUAUAUUUGUUCAACCAAAAAAAAUCUAUUUUCUUAUCAAAAAGUUAUAUACAUUCGAUCUGUGGUCAAGGUUUAGAACUGCUAACUGCAAGGUUUCAUGUAGAACUCUAUCAAGCCCUAAUUCGUUUUGCUAGAUGCCCUCCCUAACAGGGAAGAGCCGUUUCGGAAUUGAACUAUUUACUGGAAGAGAGACUAGAAACAAACAACAGCUAUCAAAAACUUAUCCGGAGAGAAUGGGAAAAGCAACAAAUUAUCUAAUCAUACACAAAACAAAUAAUAGAUUCCCAGCUGAGAUCCCACGGUGGACUACACUAGAGAAAUAUAUAACUGUCACUCACAUCAUACUACUGUGCUACUGCUACUACAUACACUACAUGGAAAUUGAUAAAUUAUUGACACACUAAAUGAUUAGGACUUCGAUCGCAAAUCAUGCAAUAUCAUACUUUGUAAUGGCGGGUAAUUGAUUUGGUAGUUGGACUAAUUUUGUCAUUAGUGAGAUAGGAAAAUCCACAAGAAUCUCUGAUAAAACAGAGCUAAAUAACCUACUCACUUUCAACUUCAAAUCAAGGAUAAAUAUCAAUAGAAAUUCCAUCACUUGGGCAUUGAGUUACAUGCUUUUCUCCUCCACUAAAGUUUUUAUAAUAUUACUCCAAUACUUAUAGUCUAUUUGGGUUAGAAAAUUAUUAGGAAACAUAUCGAUUGCUCGCCAUUGAAAUAACCAUAUUAUCAGAACGACAAUACUUAGAGAAAAUGUUUCUAUUAUUGUUCUACUUACUUUUGGCAUUAUAAUCGAAACCUGUACAAUCUACUAUACCGAAAUCGCAGUUCCAACCUCCGUUUGGUCAUUGAUUCGAGCUUUCAUUCGACCAUAACGUUGAAUUUAUAAUCUAUAUCCAUACGUCAAUCAGCUAACUUUUCCUUAGAACAGCCUCAAUUUCACCGGAUGAAAAAACCGAUCGCAGUGCCGAAGGACCGCCCUGUUCGAAGCACUACUUCCUACUCAGCCCCAGCAAAAUGCAACGAAUAAUAACUCUUCACUCUGCAAUAAAAACAAAACAAAUCUAACAGGACAAGACACGAAUCAAACAAAUAAAUCAACGCUUGCUGUAAUGUACGAGUAGUUAUACCGACAAAACCAAACGAGCUUAUUAAAGUACAUAUGAUUUUCUACAUGGGAUCAUUCAAAAAAAUAUUUUUUAGUUUUAUACCUGUGUUUUACAACAACAUAAAUAAAAAAACGAGCGACACGCCAGUAAGUACUGACCCCACAGCCGGCAAAGCUGAUCCAAGUCAUACCAUAUCAUACUCCCACCACCAGAACCGCAGCAGGCGCUGCGUGACCUUAAACCAUAUCGAUGUAUAGCAUAUAGAUCACAUUCUACAGUCAGCUUGAAAACGGUGUCGAUCUGCUGACCUGGCGUGCCGGCAAAAGAAGAUUUCAAACAUCGCUGCAAUGAGAUUAUGUUGUGUUUUACCUUCGUCACGCCUGUAGGACGGGGGAAAUACUUUCAUGUUACGGAAUUGUACUUAAUCAACGCCUGAAGCCUUUUUUCUGAUAAGCUAUGUUUACUUAAGUAUUAAAACGUCGAAUCAAACGAUGGAAAUUCUUAACUUAGUUAAGUAGACAAUUCUAGCAGGAGAUAUCUAUUUUUCAGGAAAUUUUCUCUACAUUAGAUGCAAAUAUGACUAUUGUUAAAUCAAACAUACUUGAUUGUAUAUUUACGAACACGCAGAAAGCAAACCGUUCUCUAAGAAAAAUAAAUAUAUUUAAAAACAAA